UGCAUAAAUCCGUAAGCUUUUAAUUAUUGCAGAUAAUUUAAUUCGUCCCUACAUAGAAUAAGAAGUACAAAUUCCAGUGCCAGCGAAGGGUAUUUUUUAUACAUCUGGCAUCCACAUAGAGUAGGACCGGAAUACUUCCAGAAAGUUACACCGUCGUCACCUACACAAACACACCGCACACAGUGCCCGUGCUAAUCUUCCGGAGAGCGGAGCAGUGGUCAGUGGAAAACUACCCAGGUGUGCGUCUCGAACAGACCGUAAAAGCGGAAAACUGACCGGGUCAGAACCAAUCAGCAACAAGCCAACAAAUAUACGUGUUGGGUAAGCCCAUUCGCGGAACCCGAAUCGGCUCCGAUUCCGCCCGCUCCGCUGGCCAUGUACGUCCACGAGUGAGUCACGUGUAGUGGUGUUCGUAUUCCCGUAGUGUAUGUGAGCGAUGAUAAAGACAAAAGAAUAACUUUUUAGAACAGGUCGUAGGAAAUUUACGGGACGCGUUUUGUUCGAGCUCUGUGGUGAAAACUAACGAAAAAUCACUGAAUAAGCAUCGAAGCUACACAAAUAAACUGUUUCAAACGCUACGCAAACCAGACUUGAGAAUUCUUGUGAAAUAGACAGGCGUGAGGAGUGCAAUCAGCCGCGAAAAUCGCGCGACAGCCGCCAGUGAACAAAGUGAUCUCGGCAACGAGCAAUUUCCCUUGUGCAGUUCAGCGUGUGUGCAGGACUUAUUGAAGCAUCUCAGAAACGAAAUUCGCAGCAGGACCCAUUUGUUUCGACGAAGCUCAAAAAAUAAAACCAGUUUCUGACUGGAAGUAAUAUGAGUAAUGCUAUCAACCAAAAUGGUACAGGUCUAGAGCAGCAGAUUGCUGGUCUGGACUUGAAAGGCGGAAGAGCCGAUAACGGCAGCCCCGUUAAUAAUUUUUCGUCUAAUUCGAAUUCAACUGCUCGUUAUAUUCCACCUCAUUUGAGAGGAGGAACGACUAAUAAUAACCCGCCAUUGACGGCAGAAAAGGACCGUGAAUUUACUCGGGACAAUAGAGACUAUCGCAACGAUAGGGAUCGAGAUUAUAGAGGAGACAGAGAUUUCCGUGGCAACAACAGUGACUUCCGAGGAAAUAACUCAAGACGAUUCAACAAUCGAGAUCAACGAAUAGAUCGCGGGGGAGACUUUGGUAAUUUUACAAGACGUCGGAACGACGAAAAUUAUCAAAACGGUGACGCAUUCGAUUCCAGACGUGGGGAGGAUUGGUACCGUAGCGGUGGACCCCGUGCUGGGUCGCGUGGCGGUGAUCGCGAUAGGGAGCGUGACAGAGGAGAACGUGAUCAAUUGCCUCCACAACGUACUAAUGACCGCUGGGUUGAACCAACGGAAAAACGGAGUGAUACUGGUAGUGUCAACAACUUUGGAGGGAAGUGGAAGGACGAAAGACGCAAUGAAGUCGAUUACACAGUUCUCGGACCGCGCGAUGAACGCUUGGAACUUGAGCUUUUUGGCACAGCCAACACCGGUAUCAAUUUUAGCAAAUACGAAGACAUACCCGUGGAGGCGACGGGCAAUCAGGUGCCUCCACAUAUCACAUCCUUCGAUGACGUCAAGCUGACAGAGAUUAUUACCAACAAUAUAAUUUUGGCAAGAUAUGAUAAACCGACACCGGUUCAAAAGUAUGCAAUUCCGAUCAUUAUCAAUGGUCGCGAUCUGAUGGCAUGUGCUCAAACGGGUUCCGGUAAAACGGCUGCGUUCUUAGUACCAAUACUAAACCAGAUGUAUGAGCAUGGUAUCAAGGGUGCACCUCCAAACAACCGUUCAUAUCGUCGCAAGCAAUAUCCACUGGGAUUAGUUCUUGCACCCACUCGCGAAUUGGCUACACAGAUAUUCGAGGAAGCUAAAAAAUUCUCGUAUCGUUCGCGCAUGCGUCCGGCAGUUCUGUAUGGAGGAAACAAUACUAGCGAACAAAUGCGGGAACUAGACAAAGGUUGUCACCUGAUUGUUGCUACCCCCGGACGUCUCGAAGAUAUGAUAACAAGAGGAAAAGUAUGUCUAGAUAACAUACGAUUUUUGGUGCUAGACGAAGCUGACAGGAUGUUGGAUAUGGGUUUCGAACCACAAAUUCGUCGUAUUGUGGAGCAGAGCAAUAUGCCGCCGACCGGAGAAAGACAAACACUUAUGUUCUCAGCAACUUUCCCAAAAGCCAUCCAAGAGUUGGCCAGCGAUUUUCUGCACAAUUACAUUUUCUUGGCUGUUGGUCGUGUUGGCUCAACAUCCGAAAAUAUAACACAAACUAUUCUACAUGUUUCCGAACAGGACAAACGUUCAUAUUUAUUAGAUCUUUUGAAUAACAUAAAGAACGGAAGCCCCGAGUAUUCGAAAGAUUGUCUGACCCUGAUCUUUGUUGAAACCAAGAAAGGAGCCGACGCUCUCGAAGAAUUCUUGUACAAAUGCAACCACCCGGUAACUAGCAUUCACGGUGACAGAUCUCAGAAGGAACGCGAAGAAGCAUUGCGUUGCUUCCGAUCGGGUGAUUGCCCCAUUCUAGUAGCAACAGCUGUUGCCGCUAGAGGACUUGAUAUUCCUCAUGUUAAACAUGUCAUUAAUUUCGAUUUACCGUCAGACGUCGAAGAAUAUGUGCAUCGUAUUGGCCGUACAGGUCGUAUGGGUAAUCUCGGAGUGGCGACGAGCUUCUUCAACGAGAAAAAUCGUAAUAUUUGUGCAGACCUAAUGGAACUUCUGAUUGAAACAAAGCAGAAAAUCCCUGAAUUUCUCGAAGACAUUAUGGCACAGGAACGAUCGUAUGGUGGAGGCAAGCGUAUGAAUCGCGGUGGUGGCGGAUCUCGAUACUCCAAUUCAGGUGGAUUCGGUUCACGAGAUUAUCGUCAACAGUCGAGCGGCGGUGGAAAUAGAGGGUCGAGUAAUCGAAGUGGAGGCGGCGGCGGAGGCUAUCGGAAUAAUGGCAACGGCUAUGGAGGUCGGGGAAAUUCUGGUGGCUAUUAUGGAAAUGGUGGCAAUUACGGCGGAAGUUACAGCCAAUCAUACUCUAACAAUUCGUCAGCUCCAGAUUGGUGGGAAAACUAAAUAUCCAGUACGAGAAAAGAAACAGAUCGAGCAUCAAUACAACUUUUUAUGUAGCAGUUAAUGUAUGCAAUCCUUAUUAUUAAAGCAGAAACUUUCCGUCUAAUGUUGACAACAGGUUUAAAAUAGCAGAAAAAACAUGAAAAAAACAAAAGAUAAUAUAAAUAUUUAUUCUUUCUUAAAAAAUGAUAAUUUCCAUAUAAAAACCUUGUUAGGAUUCUUAUGUGCACUUUUUAUUUGAAAUUUAUUCAAAAUGUUCUUAAUUAUUACAAACCAAGUAAAAGAAAAAUAACAAAAAAAUAAAACCUAUAAAAACUCUAUUAAACUUUUCCUCAUCUAGAACCAGCACACAUGAAUUCUCGUUUAUGAUUUCUCUUUCCUUGUCCGCUCUCCGCCACACUCAACUUGAAAGUCGUUAAAAGAUGAAAUAUAUAAAAUUUGUUCUUUUUAAUUUAUUAUGCUUCCCCUAGAAGAAAUAAACUAUAACAGUACUUUAAUGAAAUAGAAGAAGUGUUAUUGCUCUACAAUAAAGAGAAUAUUUCCAAAACAACAGAAUACCCAACUAUUCUUAUAUAGCGAGUGAUUAUGGAAACGGAAAGUAUGAAUCUUACACUUAUGGACCGUUCCGAAUUUUUUAAUUCACGUGUUGUUUUCAUCGUAGUAAAUUGCCAGCCCGCUGAGGCGCUUGAUAGGGCAAAGAAGGGACAGAAAAUAUAUUUACACUGGUAAAAGUACAUUUUUUCCUGAUGAAAAUCUUUUAUUCCAGUUACGAAUUUCAUAAUUUAUUUAGAAUAGAGAACUUUGUAAAAGAAAUUCUUAAGAAUUAUAUAAUAUGAGACCCAUAAUCACUUA